UCUCCUGUUGAGAUGGUUUUAUCCAGUUUUAAAUGACCCAAAAAUCGAAUUUGGUAGACGUCCAUAAAGGCUUUCUUCCCUAAGAAAAGGUUAUCGAUCUCAACCAAGCUAGACCGUUCGGCACUUCAAUCUUACUUCUUUGAAGAUUCGACAUGUUCAGGAUGAAGACACAGCUUGUGUUCGUCUUUAUGCUGUUCCUUCUCAAGCACAAAGUCACCUACGCUACGAUGUGGCCGACCAAACAAUACUUAGAAAAAGAUGUGUACUUGCAAGGAUUCACUCUUGAAUCGUCCAAGGUGGAAACAAUCUUUGCAUGUUACAGAAAAUGUGAGGACAACAUAAAUUGUGCAAGCAUCAACAUGAACCUGACGAACAAGACAUGUGAACUGAAGUACUCUACCAAGACUAGACACCCAGAGAAGAUUGUUAGUCAACAAAACACCAUCUACAUGGAGAUACGGGAUGCUCUCGGGUUUUCUCCUCAUAAACCAAUAUUAUCCUGUAAAUGGUUCAAGAACCUUGACAACCAGGUAAAGUCAGGUGUUUACUGGAUGAAGUUCAAUGAGAUAUCGUCUGCGCCAUUCGAAGUGUUCUGUGAUAUGACCACCGAUGGAGGAGGCUGGACCCUUGUCUACAGCUAUACAUUUACUCAGUAUACUACGUUUACUGAUGGGGCAAACGCAGUGACUCCAAUACCAAACUGGCCUGUGGACAAGUCUUCUGGGACAUGGGCGCCUCAGUCUACGACAACCCCGCUCAGUGAGCCUUCUCACUCGGCCAUGGAUUUUUCUCUGUGGAAGAAGAUUGGUAACGAGAUCCUUCUAAAGCCUAAUAUCACUAACUGGGUAGCCUGUGUAGACGGAACCGGAAGUCUUGUGAACUUUGUGGCAGGAAGUGUGACGUGUAGAAUUGUCAAGGUCAUUACACCAACCUGUUCCACUGUCGCUCCAAAUACGCUUGAUACCACAAAAACCUGUGGGCCAGCUAUAUUGCUCAAUACAAAUAAUUAUAUUUAUUUAGAAGGAAAAACUGACAAGUGCCGGCCUGUCCAUGAUCCUUGUGGUACCGCAUCUUAUGACAAUCACCUGACCAAUGUAGCCAAUCCUGGUGGAGCGUUGUAUGUACGAUGAGAAAAGGCCGGCUUGAAUGAUUAUAGUUGCAACGACACGAGUGAAAACUUUCUCCAUAAACUUCUUCGUGAUAUUGUACGAAUAUGCUAAUUUUACUUUCAAUUUUUUUUGGAAAGAAACUAAAUGAAACAAAAACCUACCAAAACAUGAACAGUUUUGUCCCUCGCACUUCUGGCACAAAGACAUGUUUGAAGAAGCAAACAAGUACGAAGCACUUAUGAGGCUUUUUAUCCGCGCGUUUUAACUAAUUUGUAUUUAAUUUAAAUCAAUGUAGAUCAAGAGGUGGUUUUUCUCCAGAUUUGUUAAGGAAAGGAAUGUUAUUUGAAAUAUUAUGGAGGAAAUAGAAAACGCUGUUGAGUGUUUUGUUCUUUGAUUUUGUGAAAUCCACGAAUGGCGAACAAAAACAUCUAUUUGUCUACCCGCUACUACCUUCGAUUAUCCAAUCAAAAAGUAGAUCUAUUGUUCUUCCUUAAAGCCUAUCGAAUUGCAAGAAUUUGAAGGAUUUUCCAGAGCUUCUGGCGGGAAGGAACGACAACCGAGGAGGAUCUGGGAACGAGAAAGGUCUCGAACGAAAUGUUCAUCUGAAUCGAUAGGAGUUUCCAAUUUUUUAGUGUCGGUCGACACUAAAAACGGAUGUUCUUCCCGAAUUCGCGUGAGUAGCCUCGAGGUUUGAUUUGAUGUGUUUAUUCAUUUAUCAAGACCAACGUUGACUUCGUAGCAAAUGAGAUUCAAAAUAUUUAUAAGCUGAUUGAAACCCAGCAACAAGGA